AUGGCACCCACGGCACUGUCGAAGCGAGACGCCAAUGCUAGAUUGGACACCGCCAAUACAAAUCAGAAGCGCAAGCGUAUUAUCGACUUGACUCUCGACAGCUCUGAGGACGAAGCGCCAGCCAAGAUCCAGAAAGGCGCUGCGGCAGUCAACUCGCGACGCGUUGGAAACCAGCCAGCAGCUCAGCAGUCUGAUGCGGCUACGUCGAACAGGACGCCGUCAUUUAUCAAUGGGCAAAUUCCCAGCAGUAGUACUCCGAGUGGUCAUCAGUCUGUCUAUGAACCUUAUUCAAGUUCCGCUAUCUCCAACGCGCAUAACCAGGCCGAGCGUGAGGCCUGGCUUGUUCCAGAUGACGAGGAUACAGUGGAUGUCGAUGAAAUAGUAUCUUCGACGCAAAAUGCUGCGGAUCAUGACGAGCUUCACCGCUAUGGAGACCUCCCUACCAAAAUCGUAGGCGUGCAGUACUAUCGCGGGCUGGCUUCCCCUGGCGAGUAUGUAUUGCUGCUUCGCGAACCCGGCAACCCAUACGACAAGAAUGCCAUCCGCGUCGACAACAUUGCACAUCAGCAAAUCGGCCACAUUCCGAAACGCAUUGCCGAGAAGCUGGCCAAGUAUCUGGAUCGCGGCUGGCUGUGUAUCGACGGUCGCCUUGCAGGUAGCAUUGGUACUUACGACUGUCCACUUGAGGUCAAUUUGCUAGGCCCUGACCCCAACUCCCCUGCUGGACUUGAUCUGCGAACGAAGAUGGCUGCUGAUAAGCUACCGACUAGAGCACUCCAGGAAGCUGAGAAACGCGAGAAGGAAUGGCAGAAGGAACAUGAACGGCAGCGCAAGGAAAAGGAGAAGGAAGAGAAGAAGCGUCUCGUUGAAGCUCGACGUGCUGCUGCUGCCGGUGGCAGAGGUGGCGCUCAAGUUUCUCUCAACCCUAACUCGCAGUACACCAAUCAGACUAUGGCUGGACCAAGUGGUCAACCCGUCAUGGAGGAUCUCAUGGAGGUGUCCCAACGAUUCAAUCCUCGUGCUGCGGGCGGCGCCACCGACCAAUACGGUAUGCAAGAGGAAGCGCUGGCGAAUAUGCCUACGACCCAACAGCCAGCUGCGAUUAAGACAGAUAUGCUGCCGUACCAGCUGCAAGCACUGCGGUGGAUGCUGGACCAAGAAGAUCCGACGCUACCACAGCAAGGCUCCAAGGAUUCUGUGCAAUUAUGGAAGCCUCAUGACCGUCAAGCAAAUGCUUUUGUCAACAUCGCUACCAAUCAUCCCACCGCAACGGCGCCGACCCUGAUAAGCGGUGGUAUCCUCGCAGAUGAUAUGGGCUUGGGCAAAACGCUAGAAGUCAUAUCUUUGCUGAUUGCUGAUGCUGAGAAGAAUGGCCGGGGCACUACUCUAGUUGUCGCGCCACUGUCAGUCAUGUCCAACUGGAGUGGGCAAAUCGCUCAUCACAUCCGCGCGGACCAAGCACUGAAAGUGUAUACCUAUCACGGCUCUGGCCGCGUCAAAAUAAAGGCCGCGGACUUCCAGCAGUACGACGUCGUUAUCACAACCUACCAAACCCUAGCUGGCGACUAUAUGCCUCGAGGCAGCGGUGGCAGCAAGCAGCCGGAGCAACAGCUGAGGUCUACUGGUCUCUACAGCAUGGAGUGGCGUCGCAUCAUUCUGGACGAAGGCCACAUCGUGCGAAAUCCAGCCUCAAAGGGUGCAGCUGCUGUGACAGCACUCACCUCACGUUCGCGCUGGGUCUUGACUGGUACACCAAUCGUCAAUUCACUUAAAGAUCUCUACAGUGCCCUACGAUUUCUUGGCGUCACUGGUGGCUUAGAACAGUUGCCAGUAUGGAACAGUGUUCUCACUCGACCACUGAAGAGUGGCGAUCCAAGCGCUGUGUACCUGCUGCAAGCUAUCAUGAAGGCCCUCACUCUUCGCCGUCGCAAGGACAUGGCUUUUAUUGAUCUUCGCCUCCCUCAGCUCGAAGAGUUCAUGCACCCUGUCCGGUUCACACCAAAAGAACGCGAGCGAUACAGUGCGCUCGAGACUGAAGCCCAAGGUCUGCUCAAGGACGUUCAAAAAAAGAAGCCUGGGAAUGUCAGCUCAGCUUAUAACCAUCUGCUGGAGAUCUUGCUAAGAAUGCGUCAAUGCUGCAACCACUGGCAACUGUGCGGCGAGCGUGUUACAAGCCUCCUUGCCCAGCUGCACGAUCAGAAGACUGUUAACUUGACACCCGAGAAUCAGAAAGCAUUGCAGGACAUCUUGCAGGUGCAGAUAGAAUCGCAAGAAGACUGCGCUGUAUGCUUGGAAAUCUUGCACGAUCCUGUCAUCACGACUUGCGGCCAUUUUUUCGGCCGGGAAUGUAUCAGCAAGGCCAUUGAGACGCAGCACAAGUGUCCUAUGUGUCGUGCCGAUCUCAAGGACGACUCUGUGUUGGUGUCACCUGCUCACGAAGGUGACGAGGAGGCCGAUGAUGAGAUGGAUCUCACUCAAUCGAGUAGUAAGCUUGAAGCUCUGGUAGAGAUCCUUGGUGCUACGAAAGCCAAACACGACAAGACGAUCAUAUUCUCGCAGUGGACUCGCUUCUUAGAUAUCGUUCAGAGCCGUUUCAACCGUGACGGCUACAAAUACUGCCGCAUCGACGGAACAAUGUCCGCUCAGAAGCGUGACGCUGCUCUUCAGGCCCUGGAGAAGGACGAUGACUGCACUGUCAUGCUCGCUUCUCUUGGUGUCUGCGCUGUUGGCCUCAACCUCACCGCUGCCAACCAGGUCAUCUUAUCAGAUACCUGGUGGGCUCCAGCCAUCGAAGAUCAAGCUGUUGACCGUGUACAUAGAUUAGGGCAGCGCAAGGAGACGAGAGUAUGGCGUCUUGUGGUCGAAGGCACGAUUGAGAAGAAGACUUUGGCCGUGCAAGCCCAGAAGAGGGAGUUGAUGCAGCUUGCGUUCAGUGAGAAGGCUGGGAAGAGGGAGAAGACGAAGACCAGUCGGUUGGCUGAUAUUCAGAUGUUGCUUGGUCCAGCUACGCAGCCACAGGCGAGGGCUGUUGCGGGUGCGUCGUGA